CUGGCCUGGCCGGCGAGCAAGCCAAGCGAACACCGACACAGCUACCUACUCCUCCGCCGGCAGCUUGCGAGCCGCCGACUCUGUCUGCGGCGUCCGGCGUGUCAGCAUGGUCGACGCCAUGUCCGGCGGCGCCCUCGUCGCGCUUCUUCUGGUGGUGGCGGUAGCCGCGCUGCUCUCGCUGGAGCGGCGGGGAGGCGGCGGGAGGCGGCGGCCGCUGCCGGGGCCCGUGGCGCUGCCGGUCGUGGGGCACCUGCACCUGUUCCGGAGGCCGCUCCACCGCACCCUGGCGCGCCUCGCGGCGCGCCACGGCGCCGUCAUGGGGCUGCGGUUCGGGUCGCGCCGCGUCGCCGUUGUGUCGUCGGCGCCGGCGGCCGAGGAGUGCCUCGGCCCGCACGACCUCGCGUUCGCCAACCGGCCGAGGCUGCCGUCCGGGGAGAUCCUCGCGUACGAGUGGUCCACCAUGGGGACAGCUAGCUACGGGCCGUACUGGCGGCACAUCCGCCGCAUCGCCGUCACCGAGCUGCUCUCCGCGCACCGGGUGCAGCACUUCGCCGACGUCAACGUCCGAGAGGUGCGCGCCCUCGUGCGCCGCCUCCACAGGCGGGUGGCCGCCGCGGGGGGACGCGCAAGGGUAGAGCUCAAGUCGCGGCUGUUCGAGCUGCUCAUGAACACCAUGAUGGCCAUGAUCUGCGAGAGAACCUUCUACGGCGCCGACGACGACGAGGUGAGCGAGGAGGCGCGGUGGUUCAGGUCGGUGGUGAAGGAGACCAUGGAGCUGAGCGGCGCGUCGACCGUGUGGGACUUCCUGCCGGAGGCGGUGCGGUGGCUGGACGCCGGAAGGAUGAGGCGGCGGAUGCGCGAGUUGUCCGACAGCCGGACCAGGUUCUUGCAGGGGCUCAUCGACGACCAGAGGAAGGACAUGGACGAGAAAGCCACCGACGACGACGACCACACGCCGGCGAGGAGGCGGACCAUGAUCGGCGUGCUCCUCUCUCUACAACGCAAGGACCCUGACACGUGCCCCGACCAGCUCAUCCGCUCCCUCUGCAUCGGCUCCCUGCAAGCUGGGACGGACACCUCGGCGGCGACGGUGGAGUGGGCGAUGUCCCUGCUGCUGAACAACCCGGACGCGAUGGCGAGGGCUCGCGGCGAGAUCGACGCGUGCGUGGGGCAGCCGGCGCGGCUGCUGGAGGCGGCCGACCUCCCCAAGCUGCACUACCUCCGGUGCGUCAUCAUGGAGACGCUCCGGCUGUACCCGCCGGUGCCGCUCCUCGCGCCGCACGAAUCGUCCACCGACUGCGACGUCGCCGGCUUCCACGUCCCCCAGGGGACGAUGCUCCUGGUCAACACGUUCGCCAUUCACAGGGAUCCUCAGAUUUGGGAUGACCCAGAAGCCUUCCUCCCAGAGAGGUUUGCGGAUGGGAAAAACGAAGCGAAAAUGGUGAUCCCGUUUGGUAUGGGGAGGCGACGGUGCCCAGGAGAGAAUUUAGGAAUGCAAAUGGUAGGACUUGCACUUGGGACGCUAAUCCAGUGCUUUGAUUGGGAAAGGAUCGGGGAAGAGCUAGUGGACAUGCGUGAGUGCUCUGGCCUUACGAUGCCAAAGGUGUUACCUCUUGAGGCCUUCUAUCAGCCUCGAGCUUCGAUGGUUCAUCUUCUUUCCAAGAUUUAAUCAACACCGUCGAAAAUAAUUGGUUGCUCAACUUUCUAUGCAAAGGAAAAGGAAAUAUAUAAGAAAUAAUGUACACAGAUUUGGCAUGAUCCGUCCGUGGUAAAUCUUUGUUACUCUGUAUCAUAGGCAAGUAUUUGUCUAUUUAUGUAUCCUUAUACAAAUUGAGUACUCUAAGGAAAAACUCUUGCAUUAAGUGGAAUUUUUUUUUUUUGAGUUACAUCAAUAUAAAUGUGCUUCUUGACCCUCGAGAAAAAAA